CUAGAGCCAUCUCCUCUCUCUCACUCUCUUAUAUCGUCACCCACCUCUGUUUUUCUCCAUUUCCUCCACGAUCAUCCCUUUCCCUCUUCCCACGUCUGUGUCCAGAUCUCAGUCAUAGGACAAUGGGGAAGGCUGUUGCUGUCCUUUGCAGUAAUGAAGGGGUGACUGGAACCAUCUACUUUGCCCAAGAAGGAGAUGGGCCAACUACUGUCACUGGAAACAUUUCUGGUCUUAAGCCUGGGCUGCAUGGUUUUCACGUCCAUGCCCUUGGUGAUACGACAAAUGGCUGCAUGUCAACUGGACCACAUUUCAAUCCCUAUGACAAAGAACAUGGUGCUCCCGAAGAUGAAAAUCGCCAUGCUGGUGAUUUGGGUAACGUGGCAGCUGGUGCUGAUGGUACUGCUGGUGUUGCAGUUAUUGACAAGCAGAUUCCUCUUGCUGGACCAAAUUCCAUUAUUGGAAGGGCUGUUGUUGUCCAUGUGGAUCCUGAUGAUCUUGGCAGGGGUGGACAUGAGUUAAGCAAAAGCACUGGCAAUGCUGGUGGCAGGGUUGCCUGUGGUGUUAUAGGCCUGCAAGAAUAAGCUGCUAAUGCUGUGACAGUAGUUACCAUACUUAUUAAGCCGAAUAAAGUGCACAAGAGUCUCUCAACAUCAUGGUGCAUUCAGCUGCGUUGUCUGCUUUUUAUUAUUUUACUAUACGAGGUUGGAUGUUAUGAUAAUAUAUGUAUCUGAAUUGACUA